AUGGGCAACGUUUCUUCAGAUUCUAAUUACUCAGGUCCAGCAUCAGAAACAUUAUUCAACAGAUGGGAGGGAACCCCAAAUAUGAAUAACUUAGAAUCAGUAGCAGCAUGGAACCAAAGGUGCCCUACUAGAACUAGUUAUGAUGAUAACGUCGUGCCCUCAUCAGUAAUUGAAUGGCAAGGACUGCCAGAAGAACUGGUUAUGUUGAUUAUAGAUAAACUGUUGGAAACAGUUGACUAUGUCCGCUUUGCUGCUGUUUGCAAAGAAUGGUAUCGUCUGGCUAAAGACAAGCAUGCUCGGGACACAGAUAGCUGGUAUGGUCGCCGCCGUCCUCCCAUGCUCUUUCUCCCUCCUACCCCAACCGUAGACCUCCCUGUGCUGCUCAAUGUUUCUCGGAUGACACCGUACAAGAAUAUUUGGUUACAAGUUCUUCGUCUGAAAGUGGUUUGUCUCGAUCAAAUCGGUUAUAUAUUCUGUUGUAGCUCCAGCCAUGGUUGGUUGGCCAAAGUUGGUCUACAAGAUUUGUAUCGUCCAGACCCUGAGCUUGUAUGUCGUAUAGAACUCUUCAACUCUUUUCGGCAAGCAACAACUCAGAGGAUCCCUCCCUUUACCUUCAAACCUGAUCAUACUCAAGAUUGGCGCCUUAAAGCUCCUAGGGUUGUGUUGUCCUCUGAUCCAGCCUUGAAUCGUGGUAAUCUUUGGCUUCUAGUAUUCCUCACUAAUGGUAAUCAGCUUGCGUUCCACAUGAGAGGACAAGAUAGCUGCUCAUGCAGAAUUGUCAGAGGAAGAGGAUCAGAGUUUACUGAUGCUAUAUUUUAUAGAGGACGUUUCUAUGCAAUUGAUAACAGGCGUGGACUUAUUCUAGCAUUCGAUGUUGAAGAAGCCAACUGGCGUGCACUUAAGAUUGAUGGGUUCGAAAGUUCUUCAUAUCGCGCAUAUUUGGUGGAAUCCACAAAGGGAGAUCUACUGUGUCUGAAUAGAUUUGUGAAACCGUCGACGAAUCAAGCUAGGAUGAAGGAGACGAUGAGCUUCAAGGUCUACAAGUUGGAGCUGGACAACCAGUUGUCAACCACAGUGACUCAGGUUGAGGUCACAAACAUUGAUGAUCAGACUUUGUUUGUAGGUGACACUCCAUCAGUAUCUGUCGUGGCUUCAGACUUUGGUGGAUGUCGACCGAAUUCAAUUUACUUUACCGAUGAUUCGAUGACUUGUCCUAGAGUUAGUAUUGAAUUACUGCCUCAAUAUGAGCCGCAAGGUGUCAAAUACGAUGUUGGCAUCUUUAGUUUAGCAGAGCAAAGUAUUACGCCAUACAAUGGAAGACACUUCGGUCCUCCAUUUUGGAUUACGACACCCCCACCAUUUGAUCCAUUACCUGUAUCUACCUCAACAGGCUGGACAAGAGAUUGGACAAGAGAUCCCACAGGAUCAAACUCAUUAGAGUUGACAGCAGUAAGCAAGCAAGACAAGAGAAAAAGAAGCUUUAAGCAUUGGCUUAGUUGUUUCUCAACAAAAGAAUAA